UUCUGCAAGCCUUGCUCCAUUUGCGACUCGCGAGCUCACCUUCCACACCCUACCUACUCCUCCACUCUGAGCUCACACCAAACAGCCCGUGCACCAAGGCCACCAUUCACCUCCACCAACAACAAACGGGAACUCUUCACAGCUUCGCACCUCGCGUCACAACACCAAGACGCACGUAGGAGGGAACCUCAAGCUUCAGUCGUCCAUGGCUCAGCAGCAAACAAAUCCUGAAGAGGUGGUCCUCGGGCAGGAGGUCGGGGCCGCGAGGGUGGCCACUCUCAACCGCCCGCGCCAGCUCAACGGCAUCUCCGACAGAGUGGUGUACCUCCUCGCACAGUUUCUGGAGAAAUGGGAGAAGGAUGAGAACGCCAAAUUCGUCAUCUUUAAGGGUGCUGGGCGUGCAUUUUCUGCUGGUGGGGACCUAAAGAUGUUUUAUGAAGGGAAAUCAAAUGAUUCCUGCCUCGAGGUUGUGUAUAGAAUGUAUUGGCUUUGCUACCACAUUCACACGUACAAGAAAACCAUGGUUGCUCUUGUUAAUGGGCUUGUCAUGGGUGGUGGCGCUGCAAUGGUUGCGCCACUAAAGUUUGCAGUUGUCACAGAGAAAACAAUCUUUGCUACUCCUGAGGCUAGUGUUGGAUUGCACACAGAUUGUAGCUUUUCCUACAUCCAUUCCCGGCUCCCUGGAUAUUUAGGCGAGUAUCUGGCUUUAACUGGUGCUAGACUGAAUGCGAAGGAAAUGAUUUCUGCUGGUCUUGCUACUCAUUUUGUCAGUUCUGAAAAAUUGGAAGAACUUGAAAAACGUCUACUGGAUUUGGACACAGGUGCUGAGUCUGCAGUCCGAGCUGUUAUUGAAGAAUUUUCAACAGAUGUUCAAACUGAUGAAGAUAGUAUAUUGAAUAAGCUUUCAACUAUCAACAAAUGCUUCUCUGCAGAGACUGUUGAGGAUAUCAUAAAAGCAUUUGAAUCAGAAGCGAGCAUAGACGGAAACCAAUGGAUAGCUCCAGUCCUAAAGGGUCUGAGAAGAUCAUCUCCAACUGCACUGAAGAUCACCCUGAGAUCGAUCAGAGAAGGUCGAAAACAGAGUUUGCCUGAAUGUUUGACUAAGGAAUUUAGGCUUACAAUGAAUAUACUGCGGUCUGUUGUCAAUGGGGAUGUUUAUGAGGGCAUUAGAGCUCUUAGCAUCGAUAAAGACAAUGCCCCUAAGUGGAAUCCCACUACCCUUGAGGAGGUGAAGUACGAGGACAUCGACCGUCUGUUCCAGCCGUUCAGUCCGGAGCUGGAACUUCAGGUCCCAUCUGAUGAUUCCAACAGGUGGAGCGGCAAAUACGAGAACACGGUCUAUGGCAGAGCUUCCCAGUGACUGUAUACAAGAUCCCCCAGCCUUUUGUUAUUUUCAUCCGAACCACUGCAUUACGGAAUAUUCAGUUUGCGGCACGUGUGUAUUUCGAGUGUUUGUGUAGCGCGACGUUCCAAUGUAUGAACUGUUGCAAAGGUUACACGAUGACAUGAAGUUUGAUCCAACACCAAAACCAUCUAUUAGAUGGGAAAGUUCUGCA